UUAUAAACCAUAUUGUAAACUACCCAUUUGCAUUCGCCAAAGGAGUGGCUGACGUUGGACUUAUCUUCAAGAUACAUAACUUCCUUCUCUGAUUAGACUUAGCCAUUCAGAGUGAUCGAUAUGAACUUCAGAUAUAAACCUUUACUUGUAAGGACUCGGUAUUUUUAAAAUAUCUUCUGUUGGAUAGUUAAUUGUGGACAUACACUGGAUAUAUGUGUUUGUAGCCAAACAUUUAAAUUAUUCCUUUGGUGUCAGGUUUCUAGUGACGUAUACAUAGUUAUAGGCUGAUUCAGUAAACAGAAACACUAUUUAAAUCGUUGCUUUUCAACUCAAGAAAUAACAAAUUUUGCUAAAACAUUUCUUGUUUUCGUACUAAAACGUUGCGAAAUACUAAAUAUUAACAGAAACGCAUUGAAGUGUAUUAAAUUCAUCAAGGAUAAAUUAUUCAAAUCAAAUUACAAAAUGGCGACAAACUCUCUAUCUCCCGUUGCAAAACGACAACGCAUGGAUCGAGACUACAUGUGCUUAGAGUGCCAGAAACUAUCCAUUGAGGAAUCUGCAGAAAUAUAUUGUGAACAGUGUAAAAAUUAUUAUUGUACAAGAUGCGCUCGAUACCAUCUUCAAAUAAAUCCUUUACAUGUCACAUGUGGAAAGGAAGAAAUUGGAUUGUUCCAAACAUGUGAAAAACACAAGGAUGGACAACUUACACAAGUCUGCAAUAACCACAGCCAGCUGUGCUGUACUAUAUGUUUGGUUGAUCACAGACUAUGUGGUGACAAAAAGAACAUUUCUGAGUCACUUAAAAAGCUACUAAAUUUGCGACAACUUCAAGAUAUUCUUGACAAAAUAAGGAUUCUUCAAGACAAUGAACAACAACGUGAACAACAACGUUUAAAAGUUAAUGAAUUGCGCCAAGAAAUAAAUGCAUGCAUAACACAAUUUGAAAAUAACCCUUUGACGGACAGCAGUGGGCAAGAGCAAACCAUAACAGACGUGCGUCUGAAAAUUGAUUCCUUGUUAUUAAUAACUAAUUUUGAAACUUCGCUUGAGCGAACACAUGACCCGCUUAUAAAGCUAGACGUUCCGCACAGGAUUGAUAUUGUUAACAUCCUCAUGUAUCAAAAGAAAUUGAAUACAAUUUUGAAUUUAGAACAAUUGCAUGUUGACGACAGUCAGACUUGCCUAGACACAAUGCAACAGUCUAAAAUCAUUCUUAAAGACUAUUUUCCAGACCUCGUAUUCACAUAUAUAAACUUUGCUAAUAUAAUUUUAUCAGAUAAUUAUUUCUUCAGCUACAAUAUCUCAUCUAUCUGUACUUUCCCUGAUGGUCGGAUUAUUGUGGCAGACGGAGGUCAACUAAACGUAAAGCUGCUCGACAAUCAAUAUAAUAUCGUCAGUCUCUGUGUAACGUCUGCUUGCCCACGUAAAAUGUGUCGAAUCACUACCAGCAAAGUGGCUGUGACUGUUGGUGCACAUAGGCCAAACAUUAAUGAGGUCCAGAUUAUCGAAAUCCGCAAUGGGCAGCUAAAGAUGGUCAGGAAUUUCAAUUUACAAUAUAAAUGUAUUGGUAUUGCCUACCACAAGGGCCACCUGUAUGUGGCAUCGGGCACUGCACUUUAUACGCACACGUUGAAUGGGAAUCUGGUCCGCAUGCUGUACGAAGAUCGGUCAGGUAACCAAACAGUAUUCGGCUGCGCUUUGAGUCCCAAUGGUGACAGGAUCUACAUCAUCAACAACUCUCAUCACAAGCUCAUCACACUGGACCAGAACGAUACAGUCCUGUUUGAAUUCACCGAUCCGGGACUACACUUACCAUGUGAUGUGCAUGUGACUUAUGGAGGUCAGGUUCUGAUUUGUGGAAGGGAACCUUGCACUAUCAUACAAGUUGAUCGCGAGGGUAAAAAGAAGCUUACUGCAUUCAAAGAUCAAUUGUUUUUGCCAUUAUCGGUCUGCUACAACAGUCACAGAAACUCCAUCAUUGUGGGACAAGAGAGCGAGAUAAAGAUAAUAGAAUUUAAAGUGCAGUAGCUUUCAUUGACGAGCACAAAUGUAAGUUGUCUAUUAUGAACGCUCGUAAAAAUCGAUGGCAUUAUUAUUUCUGCACUACACAUGUUUAUACAUUUUCAUCUGCUCAACACGUGUACAAUGACAUAAUAUAAAUUUUAUAUACUAUAUUGAUCGUUUAUAUACUAUAUUGAUCAUAAAAAUAUAAUGUUAUUAUAUAACAUCAAUUUGGGUAGCUCAAAAACAGUCUAAAUGUUGAGACAUUAUACAUUCAUUUAACACUUAGUAAACACGCAGACUUUCUGAAUGAACGAUGUAUUCGAUUAUGAUAAAACCAAAGAAAAUCUACAAUUGAUGAACUUUACUGUUCGGGUCGUUUUAGAACGUACACAUAUAUCCAUGAAAAUAAUUCUACAUGAAUUUAAAAAAAAUCUGAUACUUGACGUAAUCUUCAUUCUCAAUGACGUAAAUUCUAAUAACGACCGUGCGCAGUUUUGUUGUGUUCUGUGCAUUAUGACAUGUCGAAAUGAUUUCUUAACGUCACAACAUGUAUUUAUUGAAAGGCCUUAAAUAUAAAAGAUUAUUCAAUAUGUGUAAACAGCAAAAAUUAAAAUUAAUAAUAUAUAAUAUACCAAUUGAAUUGGAGAAGCUUUAAAGCGGGUAUAUACGAUUUUGUCAAAUAUUUAUGAAUUUAUAUAAACUGUGUAAAAAAAACUUAUAUAUAUAUUUCAAUAUAAAUUAAAAUAAAAGUUAAGAAGAACAUGUGUCGAAAAAUGCGAAAUAAGCCAGAUAUUUAAUUCUGAAAUUGAAAACGGCUGUACAGCCGAAUUCGCCAGCAUGUAUACCAUACAUGUACGAUGUGCAUCUAAACUUAGUUUAACGGUUUAUUUGAAUUCCUGCAACGAUAUCUAUCCAUACGACACACGAACACUAUCUCCGAUCCUAAUACAAAGACGAAUGCUUCGGUUAUUGUAGGAAAAUAUGUACGUCACUAUCGGCUCGGGGCGAUAAUUUGUCUUUGCUGCAUUUAUGAAAUUCGGCUUUAAUGUAUAAUUUUUCUUGCCUAUUUUGUGUUAUUGUAACAUAUUUUAUCAAUAUAUUACAAUUAAACACAUAUAAAAAUCGUAUAUACCCG